UUUGCAUUUGAACUGUGUUGCUGCAAGACAAAUUAAAUUAAAUAUUAAAUCGGAUAUCAAGUUCAAUUUAAAUUACUCGCUUGUGCAGAUUUUUUUAACAGUCAGCUCGCCCAGCACGUUAUCAGCGCUAACUGUGAUUAUCUAAUCUCUGUAGAAAAUUCAACGUGAAGUCAGCUGUUGGCUCACACACACAGACGCACAGCCGCGUUUGACGUUUCGUGCACACACACACAGUCUCAUUUACACAUUAAACUGGCGGCGGGCGACGGCAAAAGUGGCUUUAGUUAUUCGACAAUGCUUAAAUUUUUGCUAACCUUUGGAGCCGGAAUUUACACGGGCAUCUACAUAUCUCAGAACUAUGAGGUGCCGCGUGUGGAUGAUCCCCAAAAGCUGGUCCAGAAAAUGAACGAAAAGCUGCGAGAGCUCAUUGAUGACAACAAGAAAAAGUUCGGCGGCAGUCAAGACAACAAACUAUGGGGAGCGGAACGACUAAUCAUUUGGGACGACUCAUUUAUCCAAUAUAUUAGGUCGACGGCUGAACAGAUUGUUCACGACAUCAAGAAGGAGGCAAAGAAGAUCUUGGAUGAUUAAGUUGGGCUUUAAAGUUUAAACAAAUUUAUCUAUGAUCAAAUAAAGUGGCGUUAAAUUCUA